AUGAAUGCUCCACCGACUUUUGAAAGUUUCUUGCUCUACGAUGGAGAAAAGAAAAUUAUCAUUGAGAAAGAUACGAAAGUGCCGAAUGCUGCUAUUUUCACAGUCAACAAAGAAGACCACACCCUCGGCAACUUAAUAACAACCCAACUAUUGAAAGAUCCACACAAUCUCUUUGCUGGCUACAAGAUCCCCCACCCGUUGGAACACAAGUUUGUUCUCCGCAUCCAAACCACCCCAGACUACACACCACAGGAGGCCUUCACCAACGCCAUCACCGAUCUGCUCAGCGAGUUCUCUUUGCUGCAAGAAAGAUUCAAGGAAGCUGUUCAAGAGAAACAGGAGGCAGAAUAG